CUCGGUGUGUCGGUGGUGAAGCUUCUUUUUGGCUUCGGAGCUCCGAGGGAGAGAGAAGUCGGCGCUGAGCUGGAGUGAAAGCUCACACAGGACACAAAGGCGAGGAGAGGAUAACUCAACACAGCAGAAGAAGAAGAAGAGAGGAAGGGAGGCUGUAGAGAUGGCUGAGGCACCUCAGCAGCAACAGGAGCAGCAGGAGGUGGAGGAGGAGCAGCCCAGCUCCGUGGAGGCGACAGAGACAGAUGAAGGGUCAGAGGAGCCGAAGGAGAACAUCCAGACGACACCGACAAGACCUCUGCUGUCCAUGAGGUCCUUGAGGUCCAUGAGCAGCGUGGACCCAGAUGAUGACUCGCCCAAUAUGAUUGUCUACAGAAAGAUUGAAGACAUUGUCACUCGUAUUCAGGAUGAGACAGAGGGUGUUCAGAUCAGAACUGUCAAAAGUUUCAUGACCAAAAUCCCCAGUGUUGUUACAGGUUCUGAUAUUGUUCAGUGGCUGAUGAAGAACCUUUCCAUCGAGGAUCCAGCUGAGGCCAUGCACAUUGGGAGUCUCAUCGCAGCUCAGGGGUACUUCUUCCCCAUCUCUGAUCACGUCCUCUCCCUCAAAGAUGACGGCACUUUCUAUCGCUUUCAGGCUCCGUAUUUCUGGCCGUCUAACUGUUGGGAGCCUGAGAACACAGACUAUGCUAUCUACCUGUGCAAGCGGACCAUGCAGAAUAAGACCAGACUGGAGCUGGCAGAUUAUGAGGCGGAGAACCUCGCCAGGCUGCAGAGAGCUUUUGCCAGGAAGUGGGAGUUUAUCUACAUGCAGGCCGAGGCUCAGGUCAAGAUUGACAGGAAAAAAGAUAAAACUGAGAGGAAGAUCCUCGACAGUCAGGAGAGAGCCUUCUGGGACGUGCACAGACCUGUGCCUGGAUGUGUUAACACGACAGAGAUGGACAUCAGGAAAUGCAGACGCAUGAAGAACCCUCAUAGAGUUAAAAAGUCAGUGUACGGUGUCACAGAGGAGGGAACGCAGUCUCAGAGUCCAAUACACACUCCCUCACACCACUGCAGGAAAGGAACCAAAGAAGACGUCGAGAAAGAGAUCUUAUUCCUGAACACACAGCUUGACCGUCACUGUAUGAAGAUGUCUAAAGUUGCUGAUAGCCUGAUAAGCUACACAGACCAGUACAUGGAGUACGACCCGUUCAUGACAGCACUGGAACCGUCCAACCCAUGGACCAGUGAUGAUCCUUCUUUCUGGGAUCUGGAGAACAGUAAGGAGCCCAGUCAACAGCGGGUGAAGAAGUGGGGUUUCUCUCUGGAGGAGGCCCUGAAGGACCCAGCAGGACAGGAUCUUUUCCUGAAGUUCCUGGAGUCAGAGUUCAGCUCAGAAAACCUGCGGUUCUGGUUGGCAGUGCAGGACCUGAAGAGGAUGCCGCAGCAGGAUGUGGCACAGAGGGCGCAGGACAUUUGGGCAGAGUUCCUGGCAGAGGGGGCUCCCAGUUCCAUCAACCUGGACUCCCACAGCUACGAACGCACCAGCCAGAACCUGAAAGACCCCGGACGAUACAGCUAUGAGGACGCACAAGAUCACAUCUAUAAGCUGAUGAAAAGUGACAGCUACGCUCGCUUUCUGCGCUCUAACGUGUACCAGGACCUGCUGUUGGCCAGGAAAAAACCUGAAACGGAGCAGGGCCGACGCACCUCCCUGGAGAAGUUCACUCGCAGUGUGGGAAAGUCACUGACGGGAAAACGCCUGACGGGACUGAUGCAAUCAUCCUGACAAGGCCUGGAUUCAGAGUAGGAGAAAACAUACUCCGAAAAACUGCUUACCCCCGGGAGCAGGUGGAAAAAAGACCCUGGGGUGUUUGGGUGUGGCUGUGGGAGGUGGGGGAUUAGACUGAUGGACUGGGCCACCACCAUGUUUUGAAAAUUCCACCUUGGAUCAGUUUGAGAGGACGGACAUCAUGCAAUAAGUCACCAGACCUGACACCAGGACCAAGCCGUCACAGUGUAGACGGCAAACGAUGUAAAAGCCCUGCACCACGCCGGGCUCUCUUUUCUCUCUUAUUGUUUUCUCUCCUAUCUACACUCAUGUUAUUACGGUAGCUGAAGAGGCUAUCCCUUUUCCUUUCAGUGAUAUUAACAUGGAAUGCUUGAAUGCCGUCUAAAUGAGACUUAGAUUAUUGCUGUAGCUAGCUCUUUUAUCUCACUGCAUUCACCUGGAUAAAGAGGGUUCACAGUCAACAUCUGCACUUUUUAAUCUCAACACACUGAUGGUGGUCAGAACUACUGCUUUAAUGGGGGAACAGGUGGAGAAGUACACUAAGUUUUUAGUUGUGAGUUUUUUGAUCUGUUUAUGUUGGAAGACAAAAGAUUGAUGACCUCUGUCUGUCCUGAAGGGUGUAUGAUGAAGUGAGACUGGAGGGGAAGGCUGGUCUGUCAAGUCACAUCACAGAGCUUCUCUUUGACCAUGGCUAGAUCACCAUGGUAGGGAACUCAAAAUUCAAAGUUAACACUUUAAAUCAGCUUUAAAGGGCGGCCAUUUUUCUUUAUUAUUACCUGGUAAUUACCUGGGAUAAAGAGGAGAGCUUUCUGGGGUCCAGCCAAACUGUGGGGGCCCAUGGAGGUCGGCAAAAUCAUGGUUCAUUGUAAAAUUAAUCUGUGUUAUCCAUAAUCUGUUUUUAACCUGAAUAAUAAUCACUCUUAUCAAAGAAAAAAACAUGGAUUUAAUUUAUUCAUGCUGCCAUUUCAAUGUUAAACCCUUUUCCUAAAAACAGAAUGACUUUUUACUGGUGAUGUUAACACUGUGCAUGGGUACACUGAACUAAACCAUUAGGAAAGUAAAAUCAGACUUCAUAGCAAGGCUUUAAUGUGCACAAACGUCAGGAUGCCAGAAAAUAAGAUAGAAGAAUCUGAAAUGUUUCCAGAAGAUCAUUAUAUUAUUACAAGAAGUUGCAAAAAUAAGUGAAAAUGGCAAAAAUGGGUUGAUAGUGGCAAAAUAGUGGUAAUAAUUGGCAAAAAGUGGUAAACAUGCGCAAAAAAAUGAACAAAAAUCUUUAAGAGUGGUAAAAAAAGGCAGCAAACGAGCUGACCAAUAAGAAAAAGUGGGAUAAAGUGCCCAAAAAGUGGCAAAAAUGGGAAAAAGGUUGCAAAAAAGUGUGAAAAAAACAGCAAGAAAUAAAUCAAAAUAGUCAAAAUAAGCAAAAUAUAGCAAAACAAUUGGAUAACAGUGACAAAAAUUGGUUGCACGUGGCAAAACAAUGAAAAAUGCAGCCAAUAAAUGUGUUGAAACUGUCAAAAAGGGUGAAAAACAACAAAAUUUGUUAGAAUUGUCAAAAUAUGUAAAAUACAGUAAAAAAUUGGAUACCAGUGUGAAAAAGAAGUGGCAAACAUUGGUUCCAAGUAGUAAAAACAAGCAGUAAAUAUGUGUUUGAACUGGCAAAAAUGGGUUAAAAAACAGCAAGAAAAAAAAAUGGCAUAAACUGGAAAAUAUGGCAGUACAAGGAUAAAAGCACCUGACAGAAGUGGCAAAAAAUAGAGGCAAAAAUUUCCAAAGAUUUUUGAAAAAAAAACAAAAAAAAACAAAUAAAAUGUACCUCCAAAAUGUAUGUCGUAAGCAUUAACACAGUCCAAAUAAUCAAAAAAGAAAGAAGAAAAAGAAGCAAAAAAGCAGCAAAAUGGCUUCAACGACCUGUGUGUUGUAUUCUUACAUGUUGUAUCUUACAUGUAUUCUUGUAAAUGCUCUACUUUAAAUGCUUAUCACUGCCACUGUACUCAAAUCAAACUAUUGCAUGGACAGACAGAGGUUUAAUCUUGUUGUCCUUAGAGGGUAAGGUCAGGUGGAUGAUGUUACAGAAACAGGUGUAUGACUAUAAAUGAGAGUUUACUGAUGUUAGACUUUAUUCUUCUAAACAUUCCACUUCAGGCAGCCACAACGGGGUUAAAGGGGCUGCUCCCUGACCAUCCUUCAC